UAUUAACAUAAACGCAUGAUGUAUGUACAAAAUUAUAAAUAGAAUUCUAUCUUGAGAUUUGACGCGAGUUAUAGUCUCGAGUGAGUUCAAGAUUUUAUUAUCGCCCGAAGCUUCGCAAUUUACAUAUAAUUCCUAGUAUUUUUAAUUGCGUGACGUAAAAUCUAGUGAUCGACAACUGACUCGUCACUCUUGGACUCGUCAUAGAAAAUCGUUGCAUGAGUCAGUGGAAAUUCAGUCAUCGUGUUAGUGUAUGUACGUGGGUCAAUGUCAUAUAUAAUUAUUCUGUUUUUUUUUCUUUUUAUUAGGAUCGUUAUUGAGGAAUUAUUAUAUUUCAUAAUCAUUACCUCGAACAUCUGCGAUGUAAGGUAAUACAAUACGUGCGAUAUUGGUACCAAGAUGAGAUCUCGCAAAGUAUCGUGAUACACGGUUAUGAGAUGCAGCGCUUUCAGGAAAUAACUUAGGAGUGCGCCGGACGAUCGCGAAGACAGGAUGUGACAGGCGUGUGUCGUUUGACGUGAUAUUUGUCGCCGAACGGUGGAAUGACUUUUCCUUAACGUCGACGCAGGAAUAAUCUUUACGAUUAAUUAACGAAAAAGAAAGUGUUUUUUGAUGAAGUGCGCUCCAGGAAUUCGCAGCGUCCGCGCGCAUCGGUAUUAAUUUUGCAUAAGUGGGAAAUUCCGUUCGCCAGACGAGCGACCGUCACCCCGUGGAGAUUCGCAUUCGAGUUAUAAACGUCGAAUCGGCGCGCGUGGUCCGUCCCGUCCGCGGCCGUGGACGAGAGUGCCGUGGAGUAAAAUUGGUGAGGCAUCUCGGAUGGACCGAGGGGAAUCAAUUGUGACGUGUUGACCGGCAUAGGAUAUCGAAGGACAGCGGCGAUCCGCGCACCAAAAAGGAAGGGGGGUACUGGCCAGAUCCGGAGGAUGGUAUAAGAGAAGAAGGGAUACGAAACCAGCGCCAGUUAUAUUGACUUUCUUUUAAGCGACACGCGCGUUACACACGUACACUCCGCGGGAGGAUACACAUUAAAUUUCCACGAUGAGGCCACCGCUAGAAAUGCUACUAGUUAUAGUAGCGUUAGCUACGCACGCACGUGGACUCCCCUAUGGAGAACUGCCACCUCAAUUGCAGACACAAGACAAGCUCGUCUGGUAUGGUGACGAUCGUGUUUCUCAAGCUCAAAACAACGUCUAUCCUACUUACAAAGAUAACAUCGUCCCGCAACAAAUUGGCCAACCGCAAUUUAAUUGGGAUCAAUCGCAGCAAAUUGCCGCAGAUACAUUCCAAGGAUACGAAACGCAUGCUCUGUCAGAAUCGCAGAAGCAACUUAAUCCCGACUAUGCGUAUCAGUCUGAUCAAACGCUGCAGUAUCCUAGCGCCGUGGACGGCUUCACCAUCAGUUGCAGCGGUAAAAAUAAAAUCUGCGUGGCGAAAAGUCUUUGCAUCGACGGCUACGUGCACUCCCUGAAGCAAGGCUUUAUUCGGCCAGGACAGGUGCAGGAGUGCAAACUCAGCCACGAAGUCUGUUGUACCGUGCAAUACGAUUUGGAUAAUUCGCCGUACGAUCAAAUUAACACGGUGCCGAAGGACGAUCGGUAUCCGGACAAUCUGCAAUAUCCGGAGCCUACUUUGGAAAACGACGAGAAGUACUACCCGUACGGGGAAAAUAAUCAGGCGGACGUGACCAACUUGAAGCCUCCGCUAGAAAAUAACGCCGAGCUGCAAUCCCCGACAGACAAUGGAUACCAGACCGCUAAUCGGCCUCAUAACGACAACGUAAGGCCGAUCGAACCAAUCGAUUACAAUCAGAUACCUGCCGAUACGAAUCAACAGGAGCAGUACCAAACAGGCGGUACCAGUGAUAGCGAGCCAGUCUUCCCGGUAAAACCGAUCGCUACGAACUCCAAUCCCGCGGUCUUCCAAUUCACGGUUCACAUGGGAUGCGCGGCCGCCCUGCUCUGCGUAGAAGAGCAGUACUGCACGUUAGAAGGAAUGAUUAGUCCGCAACCAGUUGCUCUUACCAGCAAUCAGCUCCUGCGACGCGUUCCGUUAAGUAGCUGCAGAAUCUCGGAGACCGGGGCGAUCGGCAAAUGUUGCCGCGACCCGAACUACGUGGACCCGUGGCCGACGGGCAAUCUACCGGCCAACUACACCGGCGGCUUCGACGAGCAGGGCUUCCCGACGUUUCUGAACAUCGCGAAGGUGCGUCCGCCGAAGAAGCCGGUCACGCAGCCGCCCGUCAAAACGAUCCCCAGGCCGCCGGUCAGACCGCCCGUCGCGCCGCCGCAGAUACAGGAGGAGCUGCAGCCCACGAACGUCGUGCCCCUGGUGCCGGACGAUUCCGACCUGAUCCCGCAACGCGUGCUACCAAUCUCGACCCAGAUCCCGAUAGUGCCGCCGAUCACCACCCCCGCGCCGUUCAUCAAGAACGACCAAGACUCCAUUCCCAUCCUGCCGGAAUUGGAGUUGCCCAACAAUCCAUGUGGAGUGAGAAAUUACGGACAACGCCCGACCGGCUUCAGGGAGACCGACGCGGCAUUCGGAGAGAUUCCGUGGCAAGCGAUGGUCCUGUGGUCGGAGGAACGUAAGAUUUUGUGUUCUGGCGCGCUGAUAUCACCAGACAUCGUCCUGACAGCUGCCAGUUGCGUAAAUAGAUUUCCAGCGAGUGAACUGUCCGUGAAACUCGGAGAGUGGAAAUUGGGUUACGAACUUCCGCAGGAGGAGCCGCUGCCGUUCCAAAUCAUCAAUGUACAAACGAUCAAGUAUCAUCCGGGAUAUGUGGAGGGGUUACCCAGCAACGAUACCGCUAUGCUACUCUUGGAGCAUCCCGCGACAUUUAAUUUGCAUAUCAACACGCUGUGCCUUCCCGAUAACUAUCAGGUGCAAGGAACCUCGCAAUGCAUCGUGACAGGAUGGGGAAAGUCGAUAUUGCAAGCUCAUUACGCUGGUGCCAUCAUGCACAUGGUCGACGUGGAUCUUCUGACUCACGACGUUUGUCAAAAUCGUGUCUUGGGUACGGAGUCCAAUAUCAAUGUCGCGCAUAACAUAAUCUGCGGCAAAGCACACGAGGAGAACAAUAUGUGCCAGGCCGACAUCGGUGCGCCGCUGGCUUGUUACGACGGCAACGGAGCCUACCACAUCGCCGGGAUUUACAGCCAGGAUACCGGCUGCUUGCCCACAAAUCAGGUGGCGACAUUCACGCCGAUCGACAUCGCCUGGGUGAAACAGACUAUGUAUCCAUCCGAGCCUAAGAUAGACGCUAGCGAUGACGGCUACGAUUAUCAAAAGAGUAACUUACCAGCGGGUAACGAAUAUUUGCCACCAGUGUAAAGGUAAACGUGCAACGGUAUACAUUCAUACUGUUGUGUAGCGUAUUUCUUUUUUUAAUACUCACGCGAAAUGAUAGAACGAGGAAGGCGCGGCAAACGCACUCGCAUAAUACUCGACUUAGCGUAAUGCUGCAGAGAAUAAUUGGUGGCGUUUUAAUCGAUUUUUAUGCUAAGUCGCGAGAAAGAGUCGGAGAGAGCAAUCGUCGGGAGAAAACGAUUGUGCAUUACUGAUAAUCGUCGAUACUAAAUAUAGACUAAAGUACUUUACGCUUUUGAGUAUGUUGUUAUUCGGAAUUUUUACAAUAGAGGAAAACGCGAUAUAUAUACAUAUACAUAUAUACAACAUCAGAAUUUUAUUAGAGUGUAAACAGAACUCGACAUCAAAAUUCAGCAUUCCGAAACGAGGGAACUCCAAUUGACAAUAUGACAAUAAAAAGAAUACAUGAAUUUUUAGGUUUUAUAAACGCAAAUAUAUUUAUUUGCCUGGUGUAAUACAAAAAUAAUAUAAAUGUGUCUGUACAUAAUGGGGAACGUCGUAUAAACGUAUAUGCUUCUGCGAGUAAGAUUAAGCUACCGGGGGAAUCUGUCGAAGAAUUAUAUUACGUUUAAUAAAUAUUUGUUAAAGAA